UCGGUGCCGUGCAGCCGCCGAGCUCGGAGCUGCCGCUCGUUCUCUCCGCCGCCGCCGCCGCUCGACUCCCAAUUCCCCCUCAAGCGCCCGCGGGUAGCAUGGUGGAUUACCACACCGCCGGACAGCCUGCCUAUCAGUACGGAGGCAACGGGCCGGGCAUCGGCGACUACAUGGCUCAGGAGGACGACUGGGAUCGGGACCUCCUGCUCGACCCCGCCUGGGAGAAGCAGCAGCGCAAGACUUUCACAGCAUGGUGCAAUUCCCACCUUCGGAAAGCCGGCACGCAGAUCGAGAACAUCGACGAAGACUUCCGGGAUGGUCUCAAACUGAUGCUGUUGCUGGAGGUCAUAUCAGGAGAACGGUUACCGAAGCCGGAAAGAGGGAAAAUGAGAGUCCAUAAAAUCAACAACGUAAACAAAGCUCUGGAUUUCAUCGCCAGCAAAGGAGUCAAGUUGGUUUCCAUAGGGGCUGAAGAAAUUGUCGAUGGCAACGCCAAGAUGACGUUGGGUAUGAUCUGGACCAUCAUUCUCCGGUUUGCCAUCCAGGAUAUCUCAGUGGAAGAGACUUCAGCCAAAGAAGGCCUCUUACUGUGGUGCCAAAGGAAGACCGCUCCCUACAAGAAUGUCAACGUGCAAAAUUUCCACAUCAGUUGGAAAGACGGUCUUGCUUUUAACGCCUUGAUCCACAGACACCGACCAGAACUCAUCGAAUACGACAAGCUCAGAAAGGACGAUCCGGUCACGAAUCUGAACAACGCUUUUGAGGUCGCAGAGAAGUACCUUGACAUUCCCAAGAUGUUAGACGCAGAAGAUAUUGUAGGCACGCUCAGGCCCGACGAGAAGGCCAUCAUGACUUAUGUCUCCUGCUUCUAUCAUGCUUUCUCGGGGGCACAGAAGGCUGAGACCGCUGCAAACAGGAUUUGCAAAGUAUUGGCUGUCAACCAAGAGAAUGAGCACCUGAUGGAAGAUUACGAGAAGCUGGCUUCUGACCUUCUGGAAUGGAUUCAGCGCACCAUCCCUUGGCUGGAGAACCGGGUUCCCCAGAAGACCAUGCAAGAGAUGCAGCAGAAGCUGGAGGACUUCCGGGAUUACCGGCGGGUCCACAAACCCCCCAAAGUGCAGGAGAAGUGCCAGUUGGAGAUCAACUUCAACACCUUGCAGACCAAACUGAGACUUAGCAACCGGCCGGCCUUCAUGCCCUCCGAAGGAAGAAUGGUAUCGGAUAUCAACAACGGCUGGCAGCGCUUGGAACAGGCCGAGAAAGGUUUCGAAGAGUGGCAGCUGAAUGAAAUCCGGAGGCUGGAGAGACUGGAUCACCUGGCUCUGAAGUUCAGGCAGAAGGCGUCCAUCCACGAAGCGUGGACCGAAGGGAAAGAGGCCAUGCUGAAGCAGAAGGACUACGAGACGGCCACCCUGUCCGACAUCAAGGCCCUGAUCCGGAAGCACGAAGCCUUUGAGAGCGACCUGGCGGCCCACCAAGACCGCGUGGAGCAGAUUGCGGCCAUCGCUCAAGAGCUCAACGAGCUGGAUUAUUACGACUCCCCCAGUGUCAACGCCCGGUGCCAAAAGAUCUGUGACCAGUGGGACUCCCUAGGGUCCUUGACCCACACACGGAGGGAAGCGCUGGAGAAAACAGAGAAGCAGCUGGAGACCAUCGACCAGCUCCAUCUGGAAUAUGCCAAGCGAGCCGCGCCCUUCAACAACUGGAUGGAAAGUGCAAUGGAGGACCUCCAGGAUAUGUUCAUUGUCCAUACCAUAGAGGAGAUAGAGGGCUUGAUUGCUGCCCACGAUCAGUUCAAAUCCACGUUGCCCGAUGCCGACAGAGAACGAGAAGCCAUCUUGGGCAUCGAGAGCGAAGCGCAGAAGAUCGCAGACUACAACAACAUAAAGCUCUCCGGGAACAAUCCUUACACUUCCGUCACGCCUCAGAUCAUCAACUCCAAGUGGGAAAGGGUCCAGCAACUGGUACCCAAGAGGGACAGCGCCCUUCAGGAUGAGCAGAGCAAGCAGCAGUCCAAUGAACGCUUGCGCCGACAGUUCGCCAGCCAGGCCAACAUCGUGGGGCCCUGGAUCCAGACCAAAAUGGAGGAGAUUGGGCGCAUCUCCAUUGAGAUGAAUGGCACCUUGGAGGACCAGUUGAAUCACCUCAAGCAAUACGAGCUGAACAUCGUCGAGUACAAACCCAACAUCGACAUCUUGGAACAGCAGCACCAGCUCAUCCAGGAGGCUCUGAUCUUCGACAACAAGCACACUAACUACACCAUGGAGCACAUCCGGAUUGGAUCGGAACAGCUCCUUACCACCAUCGCCCGGACUAUCAACGAGGUGGAGAAUCAAAUCCUGACCCGGGACGCCAAAGGGAUCAGCCAGGAGCAGAUGCAAGAAUUCCGGGCCUCCUUCAAUCAUUUUGACAAGGACCACGGCGGCUCCCUGGGACCCGAAGAGUUCAAGGCCUGUCUCAUCAGCUUGGGAUACGAUGUGGAGAAUGACCGACAGAAGCGCACGGGGAGCAUGGAUGCAGAUGACUACAGAGCCCUCCUUAUCUCCACGGGAUACAGCCUGGGCGACGCAGAGUUCAACCGGAUCAUGAGCGUCGUAGACCCCAACAACAGCGGUGUGGUGACUUUCCAAGCCUUCAUCGACUUCAUGUCCCGGGAAACAACCGACACAGACACGGCUGAUCAGGUCAUUGCUUCCUUCAAAGUUCUGGCUGGAGACAAGAACUACAUCACAGCGGAGGAACUGCGGCGAGAGCUCCCUCCAGACCAGGCAGAAUACUGCAUUGCCCGGAUGGCACCUUACCAGGGUCCCGACACCAUUGCCGGGGCCCUCGACUACAAAUCCUUCUCCACGGCGCUGUACGGCGAGAGCGACCUGUGAGGGUGUGGCAACGGCGGCAGCAGCAAGCGCUGGCACUUCUUAGGAAGGGAGGAGGGGAGGCCCAUUCCGUUUCCUUCCACACCGUAUCUUUGUUUUCUCUCUUUUUCUCUCUGCCUCUUCCUCUUCCUCUCACUUGCACACACUCACCCGCCCACCGCACCAACGGGACUACCCCACGCUAUUCCUUUUCUCUGAAGACGAGAAGCUGCCUCCUCUCAUUUUUUUUCUUUUUAUCUAUUUUUUUUAAAAAUUGUGACUUCUAGGAGCACGGUUACCUAUGCAACAGCCAUGGUUUUUUUCGGGGGGCCCUUCGGCAAGACACCCCCCCCGACUCCCUCCAGAGGGACUCAGCAGCCCCGUUGAUUAUUGCGUCGCUGUGACGGGCAGGAAGAAUCAUGGGUGCCGGAGCGCCAAGUCCAGCAAACAAGCAUCCAGACACAGUUUGGGAAGGGGGUUUGUUCAACUUAUAUCCCUUGGUAUGGGAAGGGGGUAUAUAUAUAUAUUUUUCUUAUCAUGUUCAAAAAGUAGGGGAAAGCUUUUUUAUAGGCUCUGUUGUCCCGUCCCCUGCUUCGUUUCUCAUUCUUUGUUUUUAAUUUAUGUAGCUGGUAGGCAGGAACUCGGCAGGAACUAAACAGUGCUGGUGCAUGGAUAAUAGGGGGAUCGAGCGGGCACCCCACUUUUCUCUGGAUGUGUGUAUGUUUUAAUGCUGGACAGGAUUCUCGUUCCUUCCCCUUCUUAGGUUAGGCACUUACUCUCUUAUCCUUCCGUGCUAGGACCUUCCUUUGCCGUCUUAAAAAACCCAUUACCCACUUUUUAAUUUAGCAACGCCAAAGCGAGCUGACCCCACCCCCUUUCUCAGCCGUGUUCAGCACAGUAGGGAGGCACAAUUGUUGGACCUGGGCAGGGGUCUCUCGGGCCCACGAUGACUCCUGCCCCCCAGCCCACCUUGUUGAAAUACGUUCCCGGGUGGCCGGUGCUUCUAACAUUCUGCCUUAGAAGAAGUGGGCUAUCGUUAUUUGGGUGGAGGGCACUUCUGGCUGAGAAUGCAAACGCGUCCCCACUGUCCAACACACACACACACACACACACACAAAAUCUCUCUGCUGCCGUUUGGACUCUUCUUGGAUCCAAGAAGGCAAAACAAGCCAGGAUUUGCUUGCAAAGGUGGCCUGGGGUUUUCCCAUUUUUGCACGUUUUCUCUUCCCCCACCCCCCCAUUGUGGGGCAGUGACUAAGAUAAAGGAAAAGGGGAUAUUGACCCAUGGAGCAUCCACCGUUAUUUUGGAAGGGGGAUUCUUAAGGGAAGGUAUAUGGGAAGCUUUGGCUGGUGGGACCACGAAAGAAGGACGUGCAAAUGUCAGGUUUUGCAAAACGGGGCAGGAAGAAGCCGGCAAACCUUUCGCCAGGAAGUCCUCCGAACCUGCUCAGCUGUUCCUGUUGUGGUUUUUUUGGGGGGCGGGUGGGGAGGAGAGGGCAGCAUCAAGUCUUCCUUCUCCUUUUUCUCUGAAUAACACUUUCGAUCCGUCGCUUCUCCCUCGUACGUCUGUUUGUAAUUUCUCCUUCAUCAUGGUGCAGGGUUUUCUGAGGACCAAAUUCAAAAUUCAAAGAGAACCAUGCAAAUCUCAAUUGUUUUUUGUUUUGUUUUUUAAAGAGACACAGCAAAUUGGUUGCAAUUUAACAACAAUCCAGAUGGUUAUUAUUAUUAUUAAAUAUAAAUAUAUAUAUUCCUCUAGCAUUGUAUAUUGUUAAUUGAUUGGGGUGGGGACACAUUGUUUCUGUCCCUUUCCUGCCCCCUCGUUUUCAACAUGUAGUUAAGGGUUACGGCUGCCUCUAGCACCAUAAACUAACAUUUCCACACUGUUUUGGGGGUGGGGGAGUUAGGAGGGCAUCCUUUCGGUUUUGUUUCUCUCUCUCUCUUUUUUUUCUCUUUGCCAUCAGGAAAAAGUUUAAUGACUUAUUUUAUUGCAGUUGCUACAAAAAUCUGUCUACCAAGGGUAAAAGCCCUGACAUAAUAAGGAGUAACCAGGUUCUGUCUGCCUCUACUGGCCAUCAAAUCUGUUCUAAAAUUUCCACACUUUUCUGAGGAAGCAGCUCUCCCUGCUCUUGGGAAACCAGUCAAUAAAAUAUAAUAUUUUUAA